GAGGCCGUUUGUGUUGGGCCCGAGUGAAGAGGGCAGGCCGAGGCGCACUGACCUCCUCACCACAUCCGGUGCAGGCGGCUGUGUAUUGUUCAGCGCGCGCGAGGAGCUUCAGUACAAACGUGUUGUACAGAGUGCGCAGUACUGAGCGUUGGGGAGGUUUAGGAUUUGCUUGUUCUUGGUGUACACAUGGCUGUUAGAAGGGGACACAUAAGAUACCUGAAGGUUUGUGAGGUCCAGAACCAGGGUAAUGACAGAGAUUUGCAGCAGCUUAGCAAGGGUGCCAGCAUGAAGGUAAAUGCACUGGACGUCUAUGACCUCCCUAACGGGUUUGAGAGCCACUUGGGAGACGAGCCAAAAGACUCUAAAACAAACCUGAUAGUCAAUUACCUGCCACAGAACAUGACGCAGGAUGAGCUGCGCAGUCUGUUCAGCAGCAUCGGUGAGGUGGAGUCUGCCAAACUUAUUCGGGACAAAAUGGGAGGCCACAGUUUAGGGUACGGAUUUGUUAACUAUAUUAACCCUAGUGAUGCAGAAAGGGCAAUCAGUACUCUCAAUGGGCUGAGACUACAGUCUAAAACUAUCAAGGUCUCUUAUGCCAGGCCAAGCUCUGACACAAUAAAAGAUGCCAAUCUUUACAUUAGUGGCUUGCCCAAGACCAUGACACAGAAAGAUGUGGAAGACUUGUUUACCCAGUAUGGACGCAUCAUAAACUCCAGGGUGCUGGUUGACCAGGCUUCAGGUAACGGCGGCUUGUCACGUGGAGUCGCCUUCAUUCGGUUUGACAAGAGAAUUGAAGCAGAAGAUGCCAUCAAAGGGCUGAAUGGUCAGAAGCCCCCUGGAGCGACUGAGCCCAUCACAGUAAAGUUUGCAGCAAAUCCUAACCAGACAAAGAACUCCCAGCUGCUGUCCCAGUUCUAUCACACACAGUCUCGGCGCUUUGGAGGCCCUGUUCAUCACCAGACACAGAGGUUCAGGUUCUCACCAAUGAGUGUAGACCACAUGAGUGGUGUUUCUAGCAUGAAUGUAGCUGGGAACUCGACCUCUGGCUGGUGCAUUUUCAUUUACAAUCUGGGUCAAGAUAGUGAUGAAGGCCUACUGUGGCAGAUGUUUGGUCCGUUCGGAGCAGUCACCAACGUCAAGGUCAUCCGCGACUUCAACACCAACAAAUGCCGAGGCUUUGGCUUCGUCACAAUGACCAAUUACGAAGAGGCGGCCAUGGCCAUCGCCAGCCUCAAUGGAUACCGUCUGGGGGACAAGGUCUUGCAGGUCUCCUUCAAGACCAGCAAGUCUCACAAAUAAAAGGACAGAAAGUAUUACUUGUGGGUUCUAAGAACUUUACACUUUCUUUUUUUUUUUUUUUUUCCUUUCCCUCCUACAUCCAUGAUUGUCUGAAUAAAACAUUACUAAUGUAACUUUGUUCAAGUAAAUAUGUUAGUUGUAGUACUGUAUUAAUCUGGGAUUGAACUAACUAGCUCAAAAGAGUGGGCUACAUGGCCUAACUAUUGCAUCUACAUAUGUUUAAAUAGUUUGGAAGUGUAUCAUCGUAUCAUUUAAUCAAUAUGAUGCCACGAGGCAUCGAACCCUGAGUAGAUGUUGCAUAGGGUCAUAUUGCGGUGUGUCUCAUAUCUCCAAUUACCAUUUGUUAUUGUGUCGCAUUUCCUGUGAUUGAACUUUUAAGUUGUUGUGGGUGGUUAUUUCCUUGAGCCAGACCGAUCUGGCUGAUUGAACCAGAUGAUGGUCAGUGUCACAUCUCCGUGGCUCGAUAAUUUAUUCUGAAUAUAAACAUGAUUCCACCAUUUUAGGUUCUUGCAUCAUUCAAUUUGCUUUGCUAUAAUAUGACUUAUUUUAGAAACUUAGAGUGCAGACCUUUUGUAAAUAUUCAUUCAACCACCCAUGUAUCUCACAAGUUUCUGUCUGAAGUGAUUUAAGUUUGAAGGACCAAAGAAGCUGGAGGGUAUGCCUUAUUUUGCUGAUUUAUGCAAAUAUAUUUGAAGGCUUUUGCUAUAUGAAUAAGUUUGUGUUAUUUUGCAGUUAAUAUAUUAAAGUUUGUUUUGCAUUCACAAGUUUUUUUUUUUUCUAUUUUUUAAUGCUUGUGUUAUUGUAAACAAACUUUUCUGGAUCAGCCCUUUUUCUCAAGUGUUAGGCAACUCUCCUACAAAGUGGAAUUGGUCGCCGUUUCGUUUAGAAUUUAUGACAGCACAUUGUCUUUGGUGAAAAAAAAGCUGUUCUUUUAUUUGAGUCAAUAAUUCAUUGAUUUUUCUUCUCGUUUUGUAAUGUACCCUGCAACUUACACAAACUGUACAUAUUUUUCCAUGCUUGGUGUGAGAUUCAGCUUAGUAUAAUGAAUAACUCUGAAUACAACACAUGGAAUAUUAAACAUUUUUUGACUUGUAUUUUUUUGGUUUAUAAACACAUUGAGCUUUAUGCUCACAGUAGACAGUCAUGCCUGUCUAGUAUAGGUGUUGAAUUCAUUUCUUUUUUCUUUUUUUUUCCUUCAUCAUAUGCAUGUUCAUCUGAUGUUCCUUAGCUAUAGCUUUGACAUCAUGCAGCACAUGUGUUUCACAUCUGUCUACUUCAUCAGAAGUAUGCUCUGAGCUCUUGUGGUAUGGAUCUUUUAUGUAUCUACAAAUAAACACCAUUGUUUUGUUGUAAAUUACUAACCCACCCUUUGCAGUCUUUCGCAGUGUUUGUGUAACUACAUCAUUGAAUGGUUAAAGUGUCAGUAAUGGUGGGUUAGAAACUUAAGGCUAAACAAGUCUAUCUAAUUAGGCAUUAGCUCUUGUUACUUGCUUUCCAUUUGAUUAAAUCUGCAGCUCAUGCUUGUUGCCCAC